CCACCGAUCGCAGGGCUGAGACCCCACUGCCAGCUCUCGCCAUGAAGCGGCCCAGGGCACCCAGUGGCUCCGAUGGAGAAUCUGACGGAGCCAUCGACGUGGGUCGGGAGAGCGACCUCAGCCAGAUGGCCAGACCGCUGACCACCCCCAGCCCUUCGCAGAUGCAAGCCCGGAAGAAGCGCAGAGGGAUCAUAGAAAAACGGCGCCGAGACCGCAUCAACAGCAGCCUUUCCGAAUUGCGACGCUUGGUGCCCACGGCCUUUGAGAAACAGGGCUCCUCCAAGCUGGAGAAGGCCGAGGUCUUGCAGAUGACGGUGGAUCACUUGAAGAUGCUCCACGCCUCCGGUGGCACAGGGUUCUUCGAUGCCCGAGCCCUGGCUGUUGACUUCCGGAGCAUUGGUUUUCGGGAAUGUCUCACUGAGGUCAUCAGGUACCUGGGGGUCCUGGAAGGACCCAGCAGCCAUGCAGACCCUGUCCGGAUUCGCCUUCUCUCUCACCUCAACAGCUACGCAGCUGAGAUGGAGCCUUCCCCCACACCCACUGGGGCCCUGGCCUUCCCUGUGUGGCCCUGGUCCUUCCUCCAUAGCUGUCCAGGCUGGCCUUCCCUAAGCAGCCAGCUCGCCAUUCUGGGAAGAGUGCCUGGCCCUGUCCUCCCCAACAUCUCCUCUCCCACUUACCCUGUCUCUGCCCUCCAGUCCACACCAGUGCAUAGAGUGGCUGGUACCAUCCUGCCAACCCGGAGGAAUCUGUUGCCUAGUCGAGGAGCAACUUCCACCCAGAGAGCCCAUCCUCCUGAAAGGCCAGCUGCCCCUCCCCCCACAGCCCCUGGUAGCAGGGCUUCCAGGAGCAACCAUGUGCUCUCUGUCCUGCCAUCGUCUUCCCCGACAGCCCUUGGAGCUGGGAAGUCUGAUGACAGUCCAUCUCCUUUGGGGCCAACUGGGAGGCCACCAGCAGCGGUGCUCUGCCACUCCUGGGUCUCUGAAAUCACUGAAAUUGGGGCUUUCUGAGCUGACCCCCCUAACACCCAUCCCCUAGAAAUGGGGAACGUUGCUAUUCUCCCCCAGGAGCUCUGGAAAUGGCGCCAACUUUUCUAGAAUGGCUUUGACACAAAGGCUUCUCUCCUCCCCCAUCAGAGCCCCCCCAGGCCCCUACUCUCAACCAAUCCUGCUGCCCUCCUGGCUCCCCUGUCACCUUUUCAGAGCUCAGAACCUUAGUCUCAUUCCCACAGGCACAGAUGAAUUACAUGGUGCCUGUGACCCCACCCCCCCGAGGCACUGUGGACCCAGGACUCAUGGACUUGGAGUCUGGAGUUGAAUCUUUAACCUAAAGGCUGCCAUGGAGGCGCAGGCUGCUCCCAUGAUGAGGUGGGACUCGCAGUCCUGAGGACUGGUGGGAUUCAGCCACCCCAGGCCAACAGGAUGGAGUGUACCAUCUGCUUCACUUCCUGAAGACAGAAAUGAAGCAGUGGCUGUUGAGCUGUCUCUGUGGCCCCUCCCAGAACAGGGAAGCACAGGACAAAUCUGUUCUCCAAACAGUUAAGGCCUGCAGCUACUACCAUCGUCCCAACUUCAGACGCCCACGUGACUGACUACCCACUAAGGCUUGACAAGCCAGGCCAGGAGGAUUCCCACAGCAGCGGAGCUCUAGCGGGAUGUUUCUACCAGCAGGUCUCCACAGUGCUUCAGACCGGAACUGCUCCUUUUCUCUUGGGUACCAUCCUCUGGGACUGUGGCCCUUCCCACAGGGUUCCGAGUGUUGAUGACCUGUGGUCCUGAUGGUGGAACUCUAAGAAGCAUUCUCUUGGGAUUCGGCACCAGACGUCUGAGCCGCCUGGUUUGCAUCCGGCUCCCAGAGCCCAGACUGCUGCCACAGCCAAGGGCUGUCAGGCUGGAUAAAAAUAACUUGGAGGAGUGGGGGGGGGGGACACAGGCAGAGGCGGCUGGGCUCUUCAAGGUCAUGCAGCGGGUCGAGGGCCUGAGAGCUCACUCACAUUUCACACAGCUGCCUCUGCUCAGAGGCCAGCUCAUUCCCCAGAUCCGCCUCAGGCCACUUGCCUCUCUAAUGGGAAUAAAUGGCCAGUGGACCAGCAGAGAUUGAACUGACAUUUAGGGUCACCCUAUUAGGGGACAAAGUGUGAAAGCCUUUCUCUCUUUGGUGAGCACUUGCUUCCCCACAGUCCCCCUGAGGACUGCCCAGUGUGCCAUCCGGGAACACCCUGGUUAAUGCCUGGCAAAACCAAGACUGUGGGAACCUGGAACUGGUUAUGCACUGAUGCUGGGGCCAUGCUGAUUAUGAAAUACUUGCAAGGUCGGUCCAGAAAGCCCCCCAUCCCGGUCCCAGCCUUUGAUGGAACCGCGGUCGUCAGAGCUGCAAUAAGGAACCUGUGGGCACACAAGUAGAGUUUACCAAGCCCUGGGAGCAUACGGGUCAUUUCAGAAAAGUGGGACAGAGGGCAGAGGUCAUCUGAGUGACCCAGAAAGAGUUUGUGCAUAGAUCAUGAAGAGAUAAAGACUUCUUCACUCCUUAGUAGAAGCAAGUUCUUUAAUCUUUCUGCCAUAUUGGACCCAUCUGGCAUCCCUGUGGAGUGCAUCAUCAGCCCACUGAGAGAGACAGAUAUGGGGUAGAAGAGUCAUGCAGGUUCCUGGGGCUGCGGAGAGGUGAUAGAAGUGCCUGGAUAUUAGGGUCUUUCCGCGGGCAUGCUGUUUGGCAGCUUUCUAGCCAGAGAUUCCACGUUCCACUCACAGCUGAGCUGUGGGAAACACAUUUCCAUGUUGCAGGUACCUGGAAUGUAACACCGUGGAAAUACGGCAGAAGUGGCCGAACCCUCUGAGCAUCCAUCCUGGUUGGCCUUGGGACAUUUUCCCAGGAGACUGGGCAGGUGACCUCUCCCUCACUCCUUGACACUCAGCUGAGUACUCAAAUCUCCUGUUUCUAGUCCCAAGCCUUUCUGGUUGAUCCAGCACUCUCGUACCACUGCGGGGUGUUGCAGACAAGCAAUAAAGCUGUUUAGUUCUGGAAACUUCCACCAACAA